AAAAAGAAAGGAAAAAGUGAACCCUGGAUUAUGGUACGCCGCUCCUUCCCUCUUCAAAUUUCUGCUAACCUCAAAAACACAGAUUCUCCCACGCACAAUCCUUACAAUUUCGCAACUGAACCCACAAUUGCGCAUAUACAUACAUAAUAUACAUAUACACACACGUAUAUACGCAGGGCUGGGCGUUGUCAGGCUUUUCCUUUUGCCUGUUUUUUCUUGGAAUUAGUAAUGGCGACGAGGUUGGCUCUCAAAUUCGCAAGAAAUUGCUCUUUCAAUCGGAAUGUUAGGCCCACCAAUGUUUCGAGGAAUUGUUUCUGUAGCGAAGCUUCAGCUGCCUCUGCUGCACCGCCUCCAACUCGCCACAAAGUUCCCCACUUUCCUAAGAAGGGUAGGUUAUUUACAGCAGCUGGUAUAGGUCUACUUAUAGGUGGAGGUGCAUAUGCAAGUACUGUAGAUGAAGCAACUUUCUGUGGCUGGCUAUUCUCUGCAACCAAGCUAGUCAAUCCUUUCUUUGCACUCCUGGAUCCAGAGGCUGCCCACCGACUGGCAGUUACUGCUGCAGCACGGGGGUGGGUCCCUGUGGAGAAGAGGCCAGAUCCAGCCAUUUUGGAAAUUGAAGUGUGGGGGAGGAGGUUCUCCAAUCCAGUUGGUCUUGCUGCUGGUUUUGACAAAAAUGCUGAGGCUGUUGAGGGAUUACUUGGGUUAGGAUUUGGUUUUGUAGAGGUUGGAUCAGUCACUCCAGUUCCACAGGAGGGUAAUCCAAAGCCUCGUAUAUUUCGAUUAUCGAAUGAAGGUGCUAUCAUCAAUAGAUGUGGCUUCAACAGUGAAGGAAUUGUUGCCGUAGCAAAGCGGCUGGGCGCCCAACAUGGUAAAAGGAAGUUAGAAACAUCCAGCAGUACAUCUCUGUCAGGAGACGAUGUUGUACAAGGAGGGAAAGCUGGGCCAGGGAUUCUUGGAGUUAACCUUGGAAAGAAUAAGUCCAGUGAAGAUGCUGCAUCUGAUUACGUACAAGGAGUUCAUACAUUAUCUCAGUAUGCUGAUUACUUGGUUAUUAACAUUUCAUCUCCUAAUACUCCCGGACUGCGACAACUUCAGGGGAGAAAACAGUUGAAAGACCUUGUCAAAAAGGUUCAAGCAGCUCGUGAUGAAAUGCAAUGGGCUGAGGACGGGCCACCUCCGCUGAUUGUGAAAAUUGCACCUGACUUGUCUAAACAGGACCUUGAAGAUAUUGCAGCGGUUGCUCUUGCUCUCCGAGUAGAUGGAUUGAUCAUAUCGAAUACAACCAUUCAAAGGCCAGAAGCUGUUAAAGGUAAUCCUGUUGCAGAAGAAACAGGCGGCUUGAGUGGGAAGCCGCUCUUGAGUUUAUCGACUGACAUACUCAAGGACAUGUAUAUUCUUACAAAGGGAAAGAUUCCUUUAAUUGGCUGUGGCGGUAUUAGCAGUGGAGAGGAUGCAUACAAAAAAAUUCGGGCUGGAGCAACUCUCGUUCAGCUGUAUACUGCAUUUGCAUACGGUGGCCCUGCCCUCAUACCUACCAUAAAGGCUGAGCUUGCUGAGUGCUUAGAGAAGGAUGGUUUCAAGUCUAUUUAUGAGGCUGUUGGAGCCGACUACAGAUAGCAUCAGAGCUGAGAGAAUCUGCUCAUUUGAAGCCAGUUCACUAUUAUUCCUCAUACAAAAUUUUGCCAAAUUUUUACUUAUUAUUUACUUUUUUCCUUAUGUUUUUUGUGAUUUUACAUUCUUCGGAGGUAACUUUUGUCAUGUACGCUUAGAGAGUGGAAGUUUUGCCCACCUUUUCUCUAUGGUAUGUUCCCGCAGUAAGUGGCCCAUUUGGGAUC